UUCCAACUGAACGACAAAGAAGAAGACCAACAGACCAACAUGGCGUCUCUCAGCAGUGAUGAGUGGAGAGCUAUCUGCGACAAAUUCACCAACGCCCAAAACCUCACGGAGGUUGAAUCACGAAACGACCCAGAAAAUGAUCCGUUCCGCUCCAAAUACAAGGCAAGGGAGCUCCUCCGAGAGAUAUACUGCUCGCUGAAGAGUUUUGAAGUUAGCGAAGGGGAGGAGGACGGCGGCGGAGAGAGCGGCGACCCGCGGCCGUCAGAGCAGCCGGUGGACGGGCAGAGGGAGGACGGGUUCGGUCAGGGCUUCAGCGGCGACUCGCCAGCUGGGCUGCGGGCCGCUAAACUCGGGGCUGUGGAGUACUAUCUGGGCGUCAACCAUGUCGACACAGAGGAGCUGUCGGCCGGACAGGAGCAUCUGAUGAACUGUAUGAAGCUGCUGGGAAGAUGCAGCGUAUCUUCCGAGAAUGUGUCGCUGUUUAUCCAUGUCAGGAACCAGUUGGGCAUCCUCUGGGCAGGCCGGGAUGAGACGGAGACAGCUCAGGGAUUCCUUGAAACAGCAGAAUCCAUCUACCAACAUUAUAUGAAAGAGGAUGGGAGUCCUCCCACUGACAUGACAGAGUACUUUACUACUGAGGAGAAGCUGCUGACACAUCAGGAAAGGACCAAGAGGUUUGAGUUGGCCUACACCCACACCAUGUAUUACCUUGCUCAAGUCUAUAAAAACCUUGGUCAAACUGAGCGUGCUGCCACCUAUUGUCACAGUACGCUGCAGAGACAGUUACAGUUGAAUCAGUUCAAUCCAAUGGAGUGGGCUCUGAACGCUGCUACACUAUCACAGUAUUACAUCACUAAGGGUCGAUACAUGGAAGGCAGACAUUGUCUCUCAGCAGCUACCGUCAUAUCAGGUUUGGCAGGAGAGGUUCCUUCUGAGGCUGCAGCACAGGAAAGUGAGACUGAGAAUGAACGUAGGGAACAGCUCAGACAAAAAAGAGCAGAGAUCGCAAGAUGUUGGAUCAAAUACUGUCUCAACCUCCUGCAGGACGCUAAGAAGCUGCUAGAGGACAACAUUGGGGAGCUGGAUACUGAUCGACAGGAUGAGUUGAAGAGGGCAAGAAGAGGUGAGGAGGAAGAGGAAGAGAAGGGCAGGAAGAGCGCUCUGCUGUUUGGCUCUGAAGACACCUUUGACUCCAUUGCUAGCCUGGAAGAGAAGGUGCGCUGUUUAUUCCCAUUGGACUUCACUGAGGCCAGAGCUGUAUUUCUAGUGGGACAGAAUUAUGUCACGCAGGCCAAGGAGUACUUUCAGAUGGAUGGAUAUGUGACAGACCACAUAGAGAUCUUGCAGGAUCACAGCGCUCUGUUCAGGGCCUUGGCUUUCUUUGAAGAGGAUCUGGAGCGACGCUGCAAAAUGCACAAACGAAGAGUUGAUAUGCUAGAGCCAAUCUGCACUGACUUGAAUGCCCAGUAUUACCUAAUGAUUCGCAGACAGCUGAUGUUUGAGUUGGCAGAGACCUACAGUGAAAUGAUGGAUCUGAAACUGACACUGGCCAACAGACAAGCAGACACACAGUCGCUAGAUAGCCACACCAUUAAGAAAUUCAACCACCUCUGCUCUGCCUCAGCCAAGUACUUUCAGAUGUUCCUAGAUUCUCUGUGCUCCCCAGAAGGGAAAGUUCCAGAGCACCUGGAGGAGGAGGUGCUCAGACCGGCUCUGGUGGCCCGCUUCAGAGUAGCCCGACUGCACAGCCGGCUGAUCAGCUCUUCACCCUCUGUUCAGCUGGACAACCUCAACAGAUCUCUGGAAAAUUACAAAUACGUGGUGCAGUAUUGUGAGACACACCCUGAGGCAGCAACCACUGUGGAGACGGAGCUGGAGCUGAGUAAGGAGAUGGUUGGCCUGCUCCCUCUCAAAAUCAACCGCCUCAAAGCAAGGAUGGCUGCAAACAACUGAAGGACGCCACUGUUCGCUGACUGACUUGUUAGUCGCCCAACAGCAUUAAAUCCAUGCAGAUGAGACAGUCCACGUUCACCACUUUAUAGUCAAAGGACACCCAUCAAUUAGAGAACUGACUAUUAAGUGACUUUCUCUCUUCCUGUAUUCGUACUGGUGAUGGCCUUGUUGUUUUUUGCAGUGGGCAUGCUGCUUUCACAAGACCUUUGAACACAUUACACUCUAUCCGUAUGUGCUUUCUUGUGUGUAGUAAAAUGUAUGGUCAACUUAUUUUUCAUUCAGGUAGCACAGAAAAUAUUUUCAAAAUCAAAACAAAAAUGUCUCAGUCGUAUUACUGAGAAAUAAUUUGAUGAUGGUUGAAUUGAGUGUAAAUUGACCCAGACCUGUUUGUCUCUUUACAUUGAUGCUUCCCUCCAAACCUCAGUGAUGUAAAAAGAAAUGAAACACUUGUAGGAUUGUUGUUAAAAUGUCCAAUGUUGCCUUUGCAAAUAAAAAAAAAGCCACUUUGCUCUUGCAUCCUUACGGCUGUUAUGUACAUAACAGAUUUUUAUUUUAUUUUAUUUUACUCAUCUGUGACCCUACUCUGAUUCAUACUUGUUGUUUUUAUUGUUAAUCAUAUUGGUUUUCAUUUAAUGUGGCUUUAUUUUCUGUAAAGCACUCAGCACACUAAAAUUCUGUUUCUUCUUUCUUUAUGUGUCUGAUGUAAGUAAAACAAAUGUUAAAGCCUACUGGACCUGUGUAUUAUCUUCCUGCCUCUGAGGAAUCUCGUGUAUUCAUGUACAACAGAUACUGUAUGUAAUGAUAUUAAACCAGUGAAGUAAUACACACUUACAUCACAA